AUGAGCCACGUUGUUCAUAACAUCCUGGGUUUGACCAUCGUGAUGGCUUCAGUGUACGCCCUUCACAGGGUAGCCGACGCUACAUGGAGCACGAGGGAGUGCGUCUUCUUCGGCCUCUUCAUGUGCUCUGUCGAGAGAGUGCCCUUGAGUAACAUCAUCUUUGACGAAGAGUACAACGACGUCCUUCUGUUCCCGGUCCAAAACCAGCUGGUGGCGGUGAUUGUGGGCUGUACCCUUGGUGCUGCCACGAUGCGUAUGCUGAAAAUGGUCUCCUACGGCACCGACUCGGUCAUCGUGGUGGUCAUGUGCGGCACCUACUUCACCUUUUUCCUGCUCGAGUCGGUCAAAGGCUCGGGCGUCACCGGCGUCAUCGUCUACACCAUGGUGGUCACGUCGGACCGACUCAUCUCCUGCUCAGAGCUUGAAAGCUCGCUUGAGUCGUACUGGGCGGUGUUAUUGGACUGGACUGCAACACUGACCACGUUCAUAUGUGCGACGUUCACGGCCUACAUGAUUGUCUACUACUUCCGCACCUACGACUGGCAGGACAUACUGCUCUGCUAUGUCGCCAAGAUGACCAUGCGGUGCCUGGCGGUGCUCAUGCUGUACCCGUUCAUCGGUCACUUCGGCUACCGCAUCACGGUCAAGCAGGCAAUCGUGCUGGCCGGCAUGGGCCUCAAGGGCACCUACAUCGUCUCCCUCGCCACGCUCUACCACAUCACGCACCAGGACACCCACACCGAGAACCUAACUAAGUCGUUCAUGUACGUCACCUCGGACAUGGUCCUCACGCAGUUCAUAAACGCCUCCCUCGUUCCGUUCCUGCUCAAGAUGCUCGGCAUCCUCGACGUGUCCGAGGUGGAGUGGCACACGAUGAAGGACGCCGUAGCGUACCUGCAGGAAGCGGUGGAUGUGGCGGCACACGUGAGCCGCAACAACCCGUACUUCCUGGUGGCGGACAAGAAGUGGGUCUUGCGCAACACACGCAUUCGGAACCCACUCGACUUCAUGCCUCGAUAUAAGGUGAGCUACAGUCGGCAGCACAGGCAGGGAGUGGUGCAAAAGCAGACCAUGAUGGCCCUGCUUGCUGCGCUGCAGUAUCCCUACGACAAGAAAAUGUACCUGGACAUCGACAUCAUCAGCUCACUUGUCGAUGUUCCGCAAUGGAUUCUCUGGGUGAAGGACCGGCUGGGCGAACCGCUCCACGAGGAGACCGAGCUGGACGACGACUCGGUGUCCCUGUCGGAGAAGCUGAUGAAGCCGCUCAACGAACGGCUCAUGGACCUGUUCGAGCACGACUGCUACGAGGUGAUCAUCACCAACACCACGCUGGCAUUCGUGCUGCUCCUUGUGGGACUGCUGCGUGCCGCCGUCUACAGCAACGAGCGAUUCUUCACGAUCGCCAUGCUCGUGGAGUUCAUCUACCAGGUGGCCUUCUUCGUCGAGGUCGCCACCAUGGUCAGACUGUCAGCGUACGGCCAGAAGAUCGUUAACCUCGACAACUACAACAAGCUGGACCUAAUUCUACUGGCGUCGUGCAUCGUGGUGUUCUUUGUCCACGUGGUCGUGCAUUUUGUGAGUGCGGGCCCAAAAUACGAACAGAUGCUCAGCAUCCUCUUCAUCGUCGUCAUCUCCGCCCGCUUCACGCACGCCAUCAAAUACGCCGAGCUGCUUCUGGUCCAAUGUGCGGAGCUGAUCCACAGGGCCCUGGACGCCGUCAUCUACUCGGCGUACGAAGCCGGUCACGCCAUCGUCAUCGGCGAGGAGGAGGUCCAGAGGAACGUCUGGAAGUUCGUCGAGUCGGCCGACAUUGCCAUGGAGAUCCGCGGCCGCGCCACGCUCAACCGACUGCUCGUCCUCCAGAAGCUCGCGGAGAUCCAGUCUCGCUUCCCAGGAAUAAUGGUUUCGUUCCGAAGCCGCCAGGCCAGCACCACGAUACUUAACGACCUGAGCAAGCAAAUCAACGAGAUGCAGCGGGACGGCGUUCUAGACUCUGAAGACUACGCGAGCCUGCGCUUGUCUGUCCACAAUCGACACAUGUACAUCCUCUCCGAGGCAUGUAGCUUGCCCACCAGCUACAAACCGAUAGCGAUGCUCAGGGUCAUUCCGUGGAUCAACUCUGACAGCAUACGCCAAUUUUUAGCUAUCAAAAUCAAACCGAUGUCCUACGCCCCAGCCGAAGUCAUCGUGGAGAGGGAGGAAGAGAAUGACAUUAUACUGACCUAUUCUGGUAUAUUGAAGAUCGAGGGUGAGUACGACGAGCGUGGUGACGGGGCCCUGCCCAACUCGGCAUCGACGCUUUUCUUCUUCAACGAGGGCUACUUCGUCGACUACGUGCCCGCACCCGCCUGCAUCGGUGACCUCGGCCUCGUAACUGAGGAGCCCUCCAUGACGCGAGUCAUCGCCGAGACGCAGGUCAACGGUUAUAUGAUCCCAAGAGAACGAGUGAUGGAAGCUAUAGGAAUCUUCACGAACGCACCGAGUUUUCUAUACGACAUCUGGGCAUACAUUGCGAGAAAUAUAGGACUCUUGGUUCUACAAACACAUCCCAAAUACCAGGCAAGUAGGAUAUCACGAUCUUAG